AUGGUCGUGAUGGGUGCUGGUGCGGGCGCCGCGGCGCGCCAGACAGAGAAGGUCUCCACUGGGACAACGAUUACGAAAGAAGAUGUGCUUGCCGUGCAAAGCGCGUGGGCGGACGCGAUCAGAAACAUCUCCAAGGUUUACAAGGACAAAGGUGACUACGUUGCUGCGGCUGCAGCCGCAGCUGGCGAGCUCUACGCAUACGGCAAGCACAGCGUGCUCUUCAAGCCGACCAAGGCUUCCGAGCACCAGUUCCGGCCCACGCCCGAGGAGGCCAUGUCCUAUUUUGUGGGCGGCAAGGCUGUCGACAACGGCUACGCCGAGGACGGCGGCUUCGCGAUCAAUGGCGGCAAGGGCUGGUCGGACUGCGUGUACGACAACCACCAGAUCGAGCUCAUGGGCGAAGCCGCCAUCGCCAUGGGCAACUAUUUCUUCACCUGUGCAACCACUGGAGAGAAGACCAAAGUCGAGUACACCUUCGGGUACCGACGCUGCGACGAUGGUAAGGUGCGCAUCUUCUUGCACCACUCGUCCGUGCCGUACAAGGUCCCCAGCAAAACUGAGAUUACGAAAGAAGAUGUGGUUGCCGUACAAAGCGCGUGGGCGGACGCGAUCAAAAACAUCUCCAAGGUUUACAAGGACAAAGGUGACUACGUUGCUACGGCCGCAGCCGCAGCUGGCGAGCUCUACGCAUACGGCAAGCACAGCGUGCUCUUCAAGCCGACCAAGGCCUCCGAGCACCAGUUCCGGCCCACGCCCGAGGAGGCUGUCGACAACGGCUACGCCGAGGACGGCGGCUUCGCGAUCAAUGGCGGCAAGGGCUGGUCGGAUUGCGUGUACGACAACCACCAGAUCGAGCUCACGGGCGAAACCGCCAUCGCCAUGGGCAACUAUUUCUUCACCUGUGCAACCACUGGAGAGAAGACCAAUUUCGAGUACACCUUCGGGUACCGACGCUGCGACGAUGGUAAGGUGCGCAUCUUCUUGCACCACUCGUCCGUGCCGUACAAGGUCCCCAGCAAAACUGAGGUUACGAAAGAAGAUGUGGUUGCCGUACAAAGCGCGUGGGCGGACGCGAUCAGAAACAUCUCCAAGGUUUACAAGGACAAUGGUGACUACGUUGCUACGGCCGCAGCCGCAGCUGGCGAGCUCUACGCAUACGGCAAGCACAGCGUGCUCUUCAAGCCGACCAAGGCCUCCGAGCACCAGUUCCGGCCCACGCCCGAGGAGGCCAUGUCCUAUUUUGUGGGCGGCAAGGCUGUCGACAACGGCUACGCCGAGGACGGCGGCUUCGCGAUCAAUGGCGGCAAGGGCUGGUCGGAUUGCGUGUACCACAACCACCAGAUCGAGCUCACGGGCGAAACCGCCAUCGCCAUGGGCAACUAUUUCUUCACCUGUGCAACCACUGGAGAGAAGACCAAGGUCGAGUACACCUUCGGGUACCGACGCUGCGACGAUGGUAAGGUGCGCAUCUUCUUGCACCACUCGUCCGUGCCGUACACGGUCCCCAGCAAAACUGAGGUUACGAAAAUUGAGGUUACGAAAGAAGAUGUGGUUGCCGUACAAAGCGCGUGGGCGGACGCGAUCAGAAACAUCUCCAAGGUUUACAAGGACAAAGGUGACUACGUUGCUACGGCCGCAGCCGCAGCUGGCGAGCUCUACGCAUACGGCAAGCACAGCGUGCUCUUCAAGCCGACCAAGGCCUCCGAGCACCAGUUCCGGCCCACGCCCGAGGAGGCCAUGUCCUAUUUUGUGGGCGGCAAGGCUGUCGACAACGGCUACGCCGAGGACGGCGGCUUCGCGAUCAAUGGCGGCAAGGGCUGGUCGGACUGCGUGUACGACAACCACCAGAUCGAGCUCACGGGCGAAACCGCCAUCGCCAUGGGCAACUAUUUCUUCACCUGUGCAACCACUGGAGAGAAGACCAAGGUCGAGUACACCUUCGGGUACCGACGCUGCGACGAUGGUAAGGUGCGCAUCUUCUUGCACCACUCGUCCGUGCCGUACGUGGCCAAGCAAGCGUAG